AUGUUGAGGAACGGUAAGGGCAUUAAAAUUUGGUUUGGUCUUUAGGCAGAAAUUAGUACUAAUUUUUCAAAUUUAUUCUUUACUAUUUUUUCAAUUUUUAUAGUCAUCAAAAUUAUCAAAAAAAUUUUUUUUGGUACAGUAAGUCGUAUUUUCCCAUUGUUUUUUAUCCAUAAUUGCUCCCUGGGGGUUUACAAAGCGUUUCCCAAGAAAAUGGAUUCCUAAAACUGUCAGAAUUUGCAUAUUCAACAAAAAAUGUUUUUAAACUUUUCCAAUUUAUUUCUGAAUCGGCCAUUCAGACUAGAGCGAUCCAACUGACCGGCCGGGUUUGUUCUCUCCGGCUCCAUUCACCAAGUUUUGGCAAAAAUCAUAAUUUUUUUGGAUUAUUCAAAAAUUUUAAUUUGAUGUUUUAAGGUGACUAAUAUGCGGGUAUUGCAGAAAUGUUGGAGUCUUUAAUACCACAACACUUCUGGCCAUUUAUGGGUCUGGCCAUGACCGCGUCUUGGGUUCUCGGACUGAGUAUGGUCAUGUGCGGCAAGACGAAUAAGGGAGCAAGUGUGGCAAUGCCCUCUCCCGCGCAAUCCCAGAGCUCGGCUAUGAGUAAUGUGAAGGUAAUUUGAUAAAAGUUUUUGGGUUUCAGUCUAAAAUUAGAUGCGUUCAAGCAAAAUGAUGAUAAUCUAACGGGCUUUUUUCAGGAGAAAUCUACCGCGAAGCCUGUAUCAGCCGCUGCACAGCCAGCCCCGGCAAAGACUCCAACGGUCGAAAAAAAGGUGAGCUGACUUUUUAAAAUCUAGUUAAAACCUCAAAAAAGCAAUUUUUUCACUCCAAAUUUUCCCCUAAUUCUGAACCUCAAAUUUUCAGAAGAGUGAAAAGGAAAAAUCCGAGGUGAAGGAAGAGAAACCGGCCAAGGAGAAGUCGGCGAAGAGCAAGAAACCACCAGUCGCCGCGCCCGGCCCACCUAAGUCGAUGAGGCGAAAGAAGGACGCGCCUCCGCCAGAGGAUAAGAAGGACGAGGAGGACGACAACGGAUACGAGAGCUGUCCCGACAUGACUCCCGAGCAGUUGGCCAAGGUCGUGGAGGAGAACCCCAAGUAG